AUGGACGACUCAGACGAUUAUGUCCUGGACGAUAUCGUACUCGAUGAUCAAACGUUAGCUGUACUUGAUCAAGAGGAGCAGAAGUAUCUUCAUCAAAGUUCUCUAUUCCAGUCUUCCUCCACCCCUCCUGACCGACCAAUCAACAAGCGUCAUAAAACGAACUCUGGAUGGACACCAGGGAUUGGAGCUUCAGUACUGGCAGGCGACGAAGACGAUCUACCCGAAAUUUCCCUGCGAGCUGACGGUUCGUACGGGGUUAUGAAUAGGAUGAACGCGACGACAUCGCGGCCAGUUACUGGAGGGCAGAGAAAUGGGCCGUAUAUAGUUCCUCAGAAACCUGUCAAAGUCGUUCAGCCGACGCACGUUUUACCUCGCAACGCGCAGCCCCGUGCACUUUCGCGACCUGACAAUCCUCGACAUACCGCCCUCCGACAGAGUGAGCCAGUCAGAAAGCCUGCGAACCAGAACCAGAAUCAUUCCCAGACAACGAAAUCUCAUGACCUUCAGGCUCAGGUGUUGGAAUUACAGAGGAAACUGGACGAGUUGCGCGAAGAUAACACCAAGGUACAAACUGCCCUGAAAGACGCGAUUGACAUGAAAAUGGCAAAAGAAGGAGAAGUCAGCAUAUUGCGGAAGGCGAUCGAGAAGAACGCUCAAGUUCAUGCAGCCCAAGUAUCCCAACUCCGCUCUGAAAAGGAGAAGGCGGACGCCAAGCAGGUCCAGUUGCAGAACAAAAUGAAAGAGGACAUGGAUCGAUUGCGAACGCAAUUCCUUUUCAAACAACAAGAACUGGAAGCUUCAAUUCGUGUUAAGCCGCCUGCUUCAGUUAAGGCGAAGAAGAUAGGUCGAGCGGAUUUCCCCCCGACUCCCCUGGCUAUUCCCAGCUCGAUGCGAAGCUGGAACAAUGCUCCGGAGGCGUCAACGUCCAGAUGGCUUGUAACAGAGACCCCUUCGCGGGGCCCCGGCCCACCUCCUCUAUUCAAGGCUUCUCCCAGUAAACAACUGCCUAAAUCUCCCGAGAAGCGCAGGAAAAAUGCGACUCUCCCAGGAUUUCAAAAUGCCUUUGAUACCUCGACACCAAUUCGUUCACCGUCUCGACGAGCGGCAAAGGGAAAGGCAAAAACGGAGCAGAUUUUCGGCGGGGAUUCAAUCAACGAUCCUCUAUCCCCAUCCCAGAGAUCACCGAUCCUAUCUCAGCUUCAGUUCGAGCCACCCCCAAGUAUCUGCCCACCACCAGCCGCAAUGAAUAACCUACCGUCUAGUAAUAUUUCUGCCCCCGCAUCAAGCCGUCCAGACGAUGAUGGUAUGGAUAUAGUUGUAGCCGAUAGCGAGGAGGAUGUUGCAGGCGAAGAUGAUCCUUUUGAGUCAAUCAAUCUCAAGAAUGAGCUGUGUCGAAUCAUCUUAACUCAUUCUCACCCUUCAAACGAGCAAACAACUUUCCAGCGUCUCUUGAGUUCGACCCUACUGGUUAAAGAUUCUAGCCUUUUCUCAGCCUAUUGCAGCAAAACUCUUGCAGUUCUAGCCACUUCGGUGAAGGGUGACGACUACGAAAGCUCGCUGCAGGUCAUAUCUUUGUCAUUUUUAUAUAUUUUAAUUGCACUUCAUGAAUCGAACCAGUUACUGCCGCUGGCCAUUCUCCUUGAUCUCCUGACAAAGCUUAUCUUGUCCCUGCCCCGGUUCCAAGAUGCCUUUCUCUCAGCCCAAGUAAUCGUUGGUCCAGAGGAAGCCGUAUCAGCCAUAAGCGGCAUUUCUCAGAUAAUACAACAACACCUCAGCCAUAACUUGGAACAUGCUCACCGUGAAAUAUUAUCGCAGGAGACCUUAUCUUUCCUUGAAUCGGUUUGCUUCCACGCUUCCCCUAUCUCUCUGCAACGAUUAGAAGUUUUCGCUCGGAAUCGAAAAGCUCUCAUGAUUCUAUUUCACCCAUCUCAGUCCAACCGGUUUCUGGAACGAUCUUCCAGGAUGCUCGCCAUUUUAUCGAGCCAUCAUGCUUUGUACGAGGCCCUCCUCUGUGCCAAUGACAACCUUGGACACCCAGACCAACCCAUCAAAGAUCCUCUCCUCGAUCUUCUAUGCUCUCAUCUCAUAGAUUCAACCAGGCCUCCUACUGAUGUUGUAAAAAUUCAAAUCCUCGUCAGUUUUGCUCAGCUAUCCAUCGCCCAUCCGGAUGGCCAUGGAAUAAUGGCUAGAUCCUAUACGCUAAUUCCCUCACUGAUCCUUUACACCUCAUUUCUCACCUCGCCUCUCUGGGAAGAUGACGAAAGACUCACUUCAUCACCGGAGGAAACUUUGUCCCUCAUCCGACUGAUCAAUCAAGCAACAUAUCUACUCUAUCACCUAAUAUUUGACACAAACCCCUGUCUGAACUUACGGUCCAAACUUCAGCAAGCGCAACUUCGACCCUUCAUUAGUAUAAAUCACAUCUUUAUCGUCACUUUUGGAAGAUUGAGCUAUUGCGACCCUCCCAGUUGGAUCAACCCCAGAGGGAGACAGGAGUUGGAGCACCUCGCCGAGGCUUCUAGGGACAUUUUGGAAGUGGUUGUCGAUGGACCUGAGGGAGAUAGUGUUUGGGCAGCCUUUCAAUCAGAACCCGAUGAGGAAAACGCCAUGGAUGAAGAAGAAAUGGAAGCUAGAUUUAUGGGAAACGGUGUAUGA